AUGACUAUCACCAAGGAGCGUGAGGGACCCAAAGAGCAAUUAACCUACACUAUGAAAAGCUGCAAAUUGAUAACCGGAACAUUAAUUAUACUUCUAGCGUUUUCGAGGGUUUUCUUGCAGCCAAUUUUUUCAAUAAUAUCGGAUUGCGAUGAGACGUUCAAUUAUUGGGAACCAUUGAAUCUACUCGUCAGAGGUUUUGGUAAGCAAACAUGGGAAUACUCCCCAGAAUAUUCAAUUCGUUCAUGGGCUUUCCUCUUGCCGUUUGCUAGUCUGCUGUAUCCGCUGAACAAGGCGUUAGCAUUUAAUGCAGAAUGGAAUUUUUAUAUUGUUAGAGGAUUGCUUGGCUUUGGCAGCUUCAUACUAGAAAUAAGUUUACAUCGAGAGAUUUCAAGAACGCUUUCAAUUUCUAUUGCCAAUUACUGGUUGCUUUUUCAAAUUUUCAAUCCGGGUUGGUUUCAUGCAUCAGUUGAGUUAUUGCCUUCAGCAAUAGCAAUGCUACUCUGCCUUGGGUCUUCUAAACAUGCAUUAAACUAUUUAUCGACUGAUUCCACAUCGAGCUUCUUGGCAAGCAUUACCUUCAAUUUAAUUGGUGGUGUUCUGGGUUGGCCGUUCGUUUUGGUAUUGAGUUUGCCAAUCUGUUUACAUUAUUUGUUUCACCAUAAAUUGAUUGUUACAGUGAGGACCGUGUUCGAUUCAUUGGUCAUUGUCUCUCUAGUAGUUGCAGCCACAUUCACACUUGACUCUUUGUUUUAUGGAAAGUUUACUCCUGUAUCCUGGAACAUCUUUUGGUAUAACGUAAUAAAUGCUGAUGCCUCCUCAGGGCCUAACAUCUUUGGUGUGGAGUCUUGGACAUAUUAUGUUUUCAAUCUUUUCCUGAAUUUCCCGUUACCUGUCCUUAUUUUAAGUAUCAUCGGCAUUUCACGUAAGAGAUUAUGGCCAUUAUGGCUAUCAUUGAUUACAUGGUUACUUAUUUUUACAUCGCAGCCUCAUAAGGAAGAGAGGUUUUUGUAUCCAAUUUAUUCAUUGCUAUCUUUGGCAGCUGCUGUUGGGUUUUCUACACUAUUAAAAUCAGUCAACAGGUGCAAAUUGACAAGGUCUGUGAUUAAGUUGUGCAUCAUUGCAUUCGUUAUUAUACAAGCAACAUCGAGAAUUAUGGCGAUAUUAGAUAACUACAGUGCUCCAUUGGAUGUCUAUUCGACAUUGUACGAUUUGAAUAAUGAGAGUGAUGAUAUUGUUAACGUGUGUACUGGUCGCGAAUGGUACCAUUUCCCAAACUCUUUUUUUCUCCCAGAUAAUUACAGACUAAGGUUUGUUUCUUCAGGGUUUGAUGGGCUACUGCCUGGCGAUUUCAGCGAAGAAGGUAACAUUUUUUCAAAGAUAAGAAAGAUCCCAAAAGGAAUGAACAAGAAAAAUAUUUUUGAUGAAGGAAAAUUAUGGCCAAUUUCCAAAUGUGACUAUUUUGUUGAUAUAACUUCCGAUGUCAAUGAAAGAAAAGAUGCAUUUGAUCCUAAUUCAAUGCCUCAAGGAUGGAUCGCUCAUUCUUGCGCCAAGUUCGUAGACGUUGAAAAUUCAAAAAUUUUAGGAAGAUCAUUUUACUUUCCCACUAGCAUUGCUGAACUCUUAUCUUCUAACUAUGCUGAAUAUUGGAGCAAAAUAUAUGGCACAGAAAAAGUUGACUACUGCCUGUUUGAGCAGGUAAAAAACGUUUGA